AUGCAGUUCAAGAGCAUUGUCCUCUCUAUUUUCGUCGCCACAGCGUCGGCCGGCUAUGUCCAGCUUUGUGGGCCUCAGGGAUGCACCGACACCGGUGAUGCCAACGACAACACCUGUAUCGGCCCAGUACAAGGCAAGGGAAAAUUCACCUUUCAGGCCCAUGGCGCGACCCCGGGCACCAUGUCUAUCUUUACCGAUAAGGGUUGCUGGGACCAUAAUGUCGCUACAUGUGACGAUUGCCAGACUGUCACCUGGAACGGACAGGGCCCCGUUUGGGCCAUUUUCCACUAG